UUAGACAAACAAAAAAUAAAUUAAACGAUGAGUCGUCGCAUGGUGGCGCUGUAUGUUUUACCAUAUUUUGCCGCUGACAUUUAUUUCAAUUGUCUUCAUGCAUCUAAUGCUAAAAUGUUUUUAAGUAUAACAAAUAGAACAUAAAAUAAAAUAUAGCAAACAGGAAAUCGAUUACUCGUUUUUUUUUUUAACCACGGCAACGCCACGGGGGAUGCCAUGGGGGAAGAAAAUGCGAGCCGACAACAGCCACAGCUAGCCAUAGCCCCUAUUCGUUCUGUCACGUGGUUUUGGACGGCACACUAGCAUCGGUGUUGCGAUAAGUCGCACGUGCGUGCGUUGUUUUUGCAGGUCUUUGUGAAUCGCUUGCGCUUGCGCGAGGAUGUACGCAUCUGUUAGGUUUCGCGACGACGACGCGCGAGAAGUCGUCAGUGUGGACGAGAUAAAACAUUUCAGCCCUCAAGGCAUUUCAGAUUACCACAGCGACAAGUGGUAUAAAGUUCACUGGAAAGACGACUGCCAAGAUGGCUUUUUCCGAGCGCAGAUCCUGCGGCUGUUUGAGACAAAGGAGGCUGCACGCCAGCCGGCAAGGCGGGUCCCGCUCCCUCCACGCCCGUCGGACAGCGAGAGCGAGGUCUCGAUGUCCAGCGCGGAUUCGUUGCAGGAGGUAUUCAGGAAGGCAGCGAAAGGUUGCGCGGCUAGGAAAUCAGAGGGCGCCUUCCAAAGAGGUCAUCUGAAGUCGCUGAUUGCUGAGAACGACAACAUGCCAGAUUUGGAAGAAGAACUCGCACAGCUCAGAAGUGAGAACAGAUCCCUGAGAGCUGAAAAUAGAAACCUCCUGCAUGCAAACAAAAAGCUGCACAGCAGAGUAGAAAUGCUUGAGAAAGCAUUAUGCAGCAAAAUUUUUGAAACAGGUUUGGCUUUUAUUAUUCAAUAUUUGCAUGCAGACCUUAUUAGUAUAGCACUGAACAGCAACAUCAUUGUGUUUUCUCACACAGAAAGCCACAUCCUAUCAAUCAUGGGACAGAAUUCUACUGGAGCUGUGGCUCCGGUAACGCAGCUGCAGAAACCACAGCAAGUUGCUGCAGGGCCGCAGAAACCACAAAAAGUUGCUGCAGGGCCUCUUUUGUGUCUGCCACGUGCAAAUGAAGUGCCGGAUGGCAUCUCUGCAACACCUGCAGUGGAGACGAACUUUCCACCCAGCUGCACCAGCGAGGAAAUCGGUAGUGCCGUGCAGCCAUUGGUCACCGUACCAACAAUUACGGUGGUAGGAGACAAGGUGCUGUUUGGCAUUGGCGGUGUGUGCUUGGCAAAAGCAGCAUAUGAUCAUUUGAUGCAGCGCCCGAAAGAUGGCAUUUUUGUCCGCGAGGCCUGCGUUCAGAUUUUUUCAACUGCAGGCCUUAUGGGCAAAAGUGUCACGGGUGCUGCAUCAAAUCGCACAAAAGGUGAAGCCAAACCGGCUCUGGAUGCAUUCAAGUACGAUGCACUGAAAGUUUUUUUCAGGCACUACCUUGAGCAGCGGUGCAGCAGUGCUGAUGAGUUAGUAAAGAGGCACAACAUGCUUGGGAAGCUCGUCGCCGGCAAAAUUGCGGAUUUGAUGAAGAAGAAGAAGGAACCUGUAAAAAUUUAAAUAUACAUA